AUGGUGACAACCUGGGCCGUGCAUGCCACCGGUGGCUCCACUCCCACAGCCACCUCCCAAGCCGAUGAAGGGCGAUCAGUGCCCUCGAUCAUGGCUCUGGUGGUAGGGCUUAUGUUACAGGCCUCUAAAUACUUGUCAGUUGUGAAGCCCGGUUUCUCGAAGUAUGAGAAGACAGUGGCCACGUCAGGGCAACGGGACGUUGGUUACUAUGAUACCUCGGGCCGACUCUUUGUUACUGAGCGGCUGAAGAGCGUCAUCAAGUGUCUGGACACCAAGGUGGAACCCUUCGAGGUGGAGCAAUGCGUUCUCGAGCUGCGCUUUGUUGCCGAAGUCGCCGUUCUAGGAGUGCCUCACUCGGUCCUCGGAGAGGCACCAGCCGCCAUUGUUGUCCUGAGAAAGGGAUGGAAGCUGGACAAGAACGACCACAUCGCACAGCGAAUCAAAGACCACGUGGCAGAGAGGCUGGCUGUUUACAAGGGACUACAUGGUGGGAUUGUCUUCGCUGAAGAGCUGCCCAAGAACAGAAGAGGCAAAGUUCUGAAGUGCUAUCUGAUGGAUGAGUUUUUAAAGCUUAAGAAAACAGGAACGUUUUAUUGAACGCGGUAGAAGGCAUGCAAAGAUGAUUGUUCUCAUAAACUGUACUUACUAGGGUGACUUAAUGUAACACAGAAGUAUCGCAACUUCAUUAAAUGUUAUGAGUAUUUAUUUGAGAGGUUCGUUGAAAUAAUUUAUGUUAAACAUAUACCGGGAACUAGCAUGUUGUUGAAAGGAACCCGUAGCUGAAACGGUAAGCGUAUUUCAAUAGCUUUUCUGGUCAGAACAUAACUUGCAACCGACGCGAAUUUUUCGGAACGUGCCUCAACGUGAACCAAACCUGAACUAAAAAAAAGUGCAGUUGUAGCCACCAAGUGACACGAGUCAGGCACAGAAGAUGUCGGGGGAUGAGCGUUCGUCGUGUUAUUGUAGACUUUAUUAUGUGUCACUAAAUAAAGAGGCACGGUUUGUCACUAAAAGGGGCACAGUUGUGCCCUGUUAUCCAAUGUAUACUAUCUUUAAAAUGGGCGUUGGUGGGAAACGUACUUUCUGAUGAGGUAAUGGAGCUUUCUGUUUAUUAGCCCUCAAGGCAGAGGCGUGAGUUGCGGCGUAAAGGGACAAGAUUGCGUUGUCCCACAACCCCGAGCUCGUCCCCCUCUUCGCCACAUCCAGACUGCCUUAGCAGUCCUAAUUAGCAGCUAAAUUUCGUCCUAGACACGUAGUAUACAGCUGGAAUGAACCUUGCGUAAAAAAGAAUUUGAUCACGACAGUCAUAGGUUUAUUUUUUUUACGACACUCAAUGUACAGUUAGUCCGGUUUGAAUCCUCCUUCUCGUCACCGUACCCCUGUUCGUGCAUGCUGGGUCGCGCUGCCCCCAUUCUUUUGACAAAAGGUGAACGUAUGCAUCUGACACAAGGAAUGAGUGCAAGUGCAGAAGGUGCGGACGUUCCACUUGGCAGCUGCCCGGCGCCCUGUCAUAAGUACCUCGCGCUUUGCUUCACCAGGUGAUAAAUGUGCGUUAGGUGCUGCGAACUGCAGGCUGGUGAUCCCGUUAUUGAUGAUUUUCCGCAAAGAAAAGUACAUUUUAAGAAGUAGACAAAUUUGCACCAUGCUUGUCGCAUGAUAAGUGGUGGUGGCUGGCCGACAAAUAGAUAGCUAGGUUGUAAGAGUAAGGGCUUUUACGAAAGCAUCACAAUCGUGUGUACAUAUAGCGAGCGUACAAUGAGGUAUUCAUGUGUAAAAGCCCACUUUUCAUUUUUGAAAACUACGUAUAUACUGACAACGUCACGGUCCGUUCACCAAAUGAAG